UAUGAUAAAUUUGAAUAUGGAUUAUGUGAAGAAGAUACAGUUAGAUUGUUAGUAGAAUCUAGUGAUAUUGGAUUGGAUCAUAUAAAAUCAAUCCUAAAUAUUUGGGAUUAAUUAUAUAAGAAUUUUCUUAAUUUUAGUAGUGUCAAUUUCUUUUUCAAAGUUAAAGAAAUACCCUUAAUUGGUCCAUUUGCUAAAGAAUAUAUGAUUAAACAUUUAGUUUUU